CCUCAUUCUUGUCGAUUUUCACUGGGGGUCAUGGCCCAUCAAUCAGGAUUCCACUUAUUCAAGUAACCGAAAUCUAGUUUCAUCACUACAAUUAAAGUACAGGAUGAUUGCGUACUUUGUGCACACGCCCACUCUACACGUUUACUAAGUACGCCGACUCCAACAUGACCUUUGUAUCAAAUGAUCCAGCUUUGUGGCCGACAAUCGACGGGGAACGUGUUAUGAGCUAUUUCAUGGUUGCAUCCUCUACUGCAGUGGUAUAUGAUUUGGCACUGACAUUUGCACAAGAGUUCGAAUUGGUCUGGAGGCAACGUUCGUCUCUCAUGAAUGUCCUAUAUAUCAGUGUUCGCUAUGGUGGAAUACCACUCUACGUUGGCAUCGUACUGUCAAAUAUCGCGCCAGGCUCGGUGACAGAUGUAGGCUGCGCUGCCCUUCACUCCGCACAGUCGUGGAUACCUGUCAUCAUCAAUGCCAUGCUGGGUGUCAUCAUGAUGACUCGGAUAUAUGCCAUGUAUCGGCGAUCUAAAAAGAUGCUCAUCAUUCUCGUUAUACUCUUACUGGCCGCCACACUCGCCACCGCAGUGAUGACCGCAAUAGUAAACAUUGAUGUUUCAUGGGAGGAGUUGAUCCUUUCUGGCAUCUCUCGGUGUUUCGACUACACCAACCCAGCAGCUGUACGCCUGCCUCACGAGACUUUGAUACCCACUCUUGUUUGGCAGAUGCUCGCCCUGUGUCUUGCACUCUGGAUUGUUAUAAAACACUUCUGUGAAGUGCGACAAAUGCCGACAGCAGGAGGCUCUUUCAUGGUGUUAAUAAAAGGUCACGUGGUGGACUUUGUAGGCUUUGCUGCUGUGUCCUGCUUCAGCAUUGGUUCGCUGUCUCCGACGCUCAUGGACGCAUCUUCCCCGGCAAGUAAUGUUUAUUUCGGCAUUCUUCAAAUUAUACAGCCUAUUCAGAUGUUUGUGCUGGGCCCGCGUCUCAUCCUUGACAUUCGAGAAUAUCACGCUAAGCUUGUGGCUAGCUCUGAUGAGGGUACUGGUAUGAGUACAAUUGCUUUUCAGGAGCGCGGACAGGUCUCAACUGGCGAUGGUGUGUAACAUGUGGAGGAUUGAAUUUAGUCUGGGAAAACCAACCCACCGGGAACAGAAAGGAGGAAUUUAGUGCACCAACUUAUAUCUUCCUAUUACACAUUGCAGAGCAAUUUACUAUUGAUACUGUACAUCGACGCCAGUAGGUGUCACUGUUCCAUAUUUCAUUGAAAAUCGAAUUGGC